GGGCAGAAUCGGAAACAGCGGCGGACUGAGCGCCGGGCGGUCCGUAGCCGCGGAGCCGAGCGGAACCGGAACCGGACGGACCCGCGGACACGCCCUCCGCCCAAGCGCCUCGCAGCCGCCGGGCAACUGCCUCCGUUUCAAUCGAGGAAACCUUUAAGUGAAACUUGCCUUUAAAAUCGGAGCUGGUACCCAGAAGAGAGACCGCAGUCGACCCUGAGGUGGAAGAGAAGGAUGCUGUCCUUGAACAACCUGCAGAAUGUCAUCUACAACCCGAUAAUCCCCUAUGUUGGGACCAUCCCUGAGCAGUUGAUGCCUGGAACUUUGAUCGUGAUCCGCGGGCACGUUCCUGGGGACUCAGACAGGUUCCAGGUGGACUUGCAGUGCGGCAGCAGCGUGAACCCCCGAGCGGACGUGAUCUUUCACUUCAACCCACGUUUCAAAAGGACCAACUGCAUUGUCUGCAACACCCUCAAAAACGAGAAAUGGGGGCGAGAGGAGAUCACCUACGACAUGCCGUUCCGGAAGGAGAAGUCCUUCGAGAUCGUGAUGAUGGUGCUGAAGGACAAAUUCCAGGUGGCUGUCAAUGGGAAGCACACACUGCUCUACGCCCACAGGAUUAGCCCCGAGAAGAUCGACACGCUGGGCAUCUACGGCAAAGUGAACGUCCACUCGGUCGGGUUCAGCUUCAGCUCGGAUUUAAGGAGUGCCCAGGCACCCACUCUGGAAGUGACAGUUCUAAAUGGAGAAGAUGUACCAAAUGCCGGCAUGUCACAAUUUCCUAGUAAUAGAGGAGACACUGAUAAAAUCGUACCCAGAUCUGUCUACACCAAGAGCAAAGGUUCGACUGCCCAUCACACUUUGACUUGCGCCAAAAUACUACCUAUCAACUGUUUGUCGAAGACUCUGCCUUUCGUGGCGAGGUUGAACUCCUCCAUGGGCCCUGGGCGGACUGUCGUCAUUAAAGGAGAAGUGAACGCAAAGGCCAAAGGCUUUAAUGUUGACCUGAUAUCAGGAAAAUCAAAGGAUAUUGCUCUCCACCUGAACCCACGCCUGAAUAGUAAAGCAUUUAUAAGGAAUUCUUUCCUUCAAGAGUCCUGGGGAGAAGAGGAGAGAAAUAUUACCUGUUUCCCAUUUAGUCCUGGGAUGUACUUUGAGAUGAUCAUUUAUUGUGACGUUAAGGAGUUCAAGGUUGCGGUGAAUGGCGUCCACAGCCUGGAGUACAAGCACAGGUUUAAGGAGCUCCCCAGUAUCGACACCCUGGAGAUUGACGGAGACAUCCAGCUACUGGAAGUGAGGAGCUGGUAGCUGACACGACCACAAAAACUGAAAUACAGAAUGGCUUACGUGA